ACGUGAACGCAGCGUCACCGCGAACACAGUGUUGGGGCUCUCAGGGUUGAGGACGUAGCACAGACUCAGCUUCUUCGACUCAAGGCUGCUGCUUACACCACUGUAGGUUGUUUACCCGCUGUUGUUGUUGUUUUUUUUAUCUCAACAAACAUAAUAAUGGACGGAAACAUUUGCAACAUCCAGGUGCUUCUUCGGGCUGCUGAGUUUCUGGAGAGAAGGGAGCGAGAGGCAGAACACGGAUACGCUUCACUCCUGCCUCUCAGUCCCGAUCACUCCGACAAGAGGAGUAAACAGAAGAGCAAAAAGAUAUCCGCUGGUGGCAAUAAGUCCGUUCACAACGAGCUGGAAAAGAACAGACGAGCUCAGCUGAGGCACUGCCUGGAGCAGCUCAAGAAGCAGGUCCCUCUGUCGUCCGACUCCAUGAGGAACACCACGCUCAACCUGCUGAGGCGAGCCCAACUCCACAUAAAGAAGCUACAGGAGCAGGACGGGCGUGCGGAGCAGCUGAAGGGCCGCCUGCGCUGGGAGCAGAGAGAGCUGCAGGUUCGGCUGGAGCAGCUGCAGCGAGGCACAGAGAGGAUGAGGAACGACAGUCAGGGGUCAACCAUGUCGUCCGAGAGGUCAGACUCGGACAGAGAGGACGUGGAGGUCGACGUGGAGAGCAUCGUGUUCGACUGCCUGGACUCUGACGGACUGAGCAUCAUGCACACCGGGGCAGACCACUGCUACUCCAGCACGGACAAAGCCUGGCUGCGGCAGCUAGAAACACGACCGUAACUCAGGUCACUUUGCCAGGUGGGCCGGAAGAGGAGAAAAACAUUCCAAAAACACGAGGGAGAAUGGAGCAAGAUGUUACUGUACAACUGAACACUUUAUUAUUAUUAUUAUUAUUAUUAUUUUAACAGGAGUAACUUUUGAUAUUCUCUUUUUAAAAUAUGUCAGACUACAAGCUAAACAUAAUGUUAUGAAUAAGCUGUGUUCAUUUGCACUGAAUAGCAGUUAAAAUCACUGGGCUGGGAUGGAUGUAACAUUACACGUCUAUAUUUCCUGUCAUCAACCAUUAAUACCAUUUACUUCCUCAGCCACAAGGUGUCUGUAAUGACUCCAACAGUUCUACUCAUUUAUCUUGAAGGGCUUUUUUAAAAUCCAAAUAGGGCUUUUUAUUCAAACCUCUUAACUUAUUCUUUUUACGACAGUAUGUAUGUAUGUACUGAACUCUGCCUUAAAUAAGAUUUGGUUUAGUAUCCCAUGCAGCUUUUCUUUAGCACUACGUUCAUAUUUCAGCAAUGCUAUGUGGAGCAUGCACUUAAAUAUCAACCUGUGCUAUUAUUGUCAUAUUAUGUAAGUUCGCUAAGUCAUGUCUUUUUCUUCUGUUGCACAAAACCACCACACAUUGCACUUGUUUUGCCCCAAAAGGAUUGUGGGUGUAUUGAAAAUGAAAACUGAACAUAAAAGAACUGGUCACGUUUGCACAUUUUCAUCUGGCAAUUAAGUUAACUGCGGCAAAUAUUAAUUUAGUGUAUUUGUACACAAUUCAGUCUGUGAUCAAGUGCAAGAAUUUAGAUUCCUGUAUUUAAAGAUGAGUUGUGAGCGCAUAUGGAGAGUACAAUGAGUUUUAUUCACUGCUUAUAUUUACUGGUCUGCUUCUUAGGUGUGCAUUAUAACACCUGUACUUCAUCGCUUGUGCAUUUCUCACAUUAAUUAUGUAUGCACCAUUCUGACCAAUGUCAACUUGUAGUAAUUAUGCAAUUUAUGCUGUAUUACAUGUUUCAUAUUCAUUUUUUGUAUGCAAUAUGCCUUAUUACCAUUUAAUAGUAUGUAUGCAUUCAUCCGUCUCUCUGCCCAGUAAUAUAAUGUAGCAUUUUUCUACUGGUGUAAGCUUUUCUAUGGAAUAAAUAUUUUGUAUA